AACAGAGGAAGGAUGGCCUUGCUGUGCCCUGGGGGUUGUGAUGGGCUCCUCUUGGCAUCUGUAUUGGUGCUGCAAUGCUGGGCUGAAAACAACUCGGCUAGAGUCUCAUUCUGAAAUGGGAAGUACUGAAAUUCUGGAAAAGGAGGCCCCAGAAAGUCUUAGUAAUGGCACCAGCAGCAACGUGGAAGCAGCCAAAAGGUUGGCCAAACGCCUUUAUCAACUGGACAGAUUCAAAAGAUCAGAUGUUGCAAAACACCUAGGCAAGAACAAUGAAUUUAGCAGGCUAGUUGCAGAAGAAUAUCUGAAGUUUUUUGAUUUUACAGGAAUGACGCUGGAUCAGUCUCUCAGGUAUUUCUUUAAAGCAUUUUCUCUUGUGGGAGAAACUCAAGAACGAGAGAGAGUUUUAAUACACUUCUCCAAUAGAUAUUUUUAUUGUAACCCGGAUACCAUUGCUUCACAAGAUGGAGUCCAUUGCCUUACCUGUGCAAUAAUGCUUCUUAAUACUGAUCUACAUGGUCAUAAUAUUGGAAAGAAGAUGACCUGCCAAGAGUUCAUUGCAAAUCUCCAAGGAGUAAAUGAGGGUGUUGAUUUUUCCAAGGAUCUGCUGAAAGCUCUGUACAACUCAAUCAAGAAUGAGAAGCUUGAAUGGGCAGUAGAUGAUGAAGAGAAAAAAAAAUCUCCCUCAGAAGGUACUGAUGAGAAGGCUAAUGGAACACAUCCAAAGACCAUCAGUCGUAUCGGGAGUACUACCAACCCAUUUUUGGACAUUCCUCAUGACCCAAAUGCUUCUGUGUACAAAAGUGGAUUCCUGGCUCGGAAAAUUCAUGCAGAUAUGGAUGGAAAGAAGACUCCAAGAGGAAAGCGUGGAUGGAAAACCUUUUAUGCUGUAUUGAAAGGAACAGUUCUUUACCUGCAAAAGGAUGAAUAUAAGCCAGAAAAGGCCCUGUCUGAAGAGGACUUGAAGAACGCUGUGAGUGUGCACCACGCACUGGCAUCCAAGGCCACAGACUACGAGAAGAAGCCAAAUGUGUUCAAACUUAAAACUGCAGACUGGAGGGUCUUGCUUUUUCAAACCCAGAGUCCAGAGGAAAUGCAAGGGUGGAUAAACAAAAUUAAUUGUGUCGCAGCUGUAUUUUCUGCCCCACCAUUUCCAGCAGCCAUUGGCUCACAGAAGAAGUUCAGCCGACCACUUCUGCCUGCCACUACAACAAAAUUGUCUCAGGAGGAACAGCUAAAGUCUCACGAAAGCAAGCUGAAACAGAUCACCACCGAGCUGGCUGAGCACCGUUCGUACCCUCCUGACAAGAAGGUCAAAUCCAAGGAUGUCGAUGAGUACAAGCUGAAAGACCACUAUCUGGAGUUUGAGAAAACCCGUUAUGAAAUUUAUGUCAACAUUCUGAAGGAAGGAGGCAAGCAGCUCCUGAGUCACGACGAAAGUGAGGCCGCAGGACUGAAGAAGUCACAUUCGAGUCCUUCGCUGAACCCAGAUACAUCGCCCAUCACCGCCAAGGUCAAGCGUAACGUGUCAGAGAGGAAGGAUCACCGACCUGAAACACCAAGCAUUAAGCAAAAAGUUACUUAGAAUCCAUCUGCGGCCAGGAUGCUGGUCAUUGAGCAAAAUAGGGUUUUUCAAGAUCUUUCUGGUAAUCCGUGAAUAUAUUUAAAAAACAAAAGUCUGUGACAAAAAUGGUGCAUUAGUAAUUUUUUCUAUUGUAUACUUUUGUUAGUUUCUGUACAGAUUGUCUUUGCUCUUGAUUUCUUUGCUUUGAUGAUUUCUGCAACUUGAUAACUAAUGCACCUUUUUUUGUGAGGAGGAGGGAUUUCAGAGUGAAUUAUGUAUCCCUUCUCCUUUGGUUUUCUCUUGUUUGCACUCUGCUCAGUUGUUUUAUGUACUCUCAAAUCAACGUUAAACUUUUUUUUUAAGGUUUAAAAACUUUAAUCCAUUGUGAAACACUUAACUGGACAAACUGUAGUUUAGUCAAUUCUAGCCAGAGUUAGCAUAAGCCUUUAUAUGUGAAAUCUCGCCCAGUCACGGAGGUAGAAUUGAGCACCCACAGACGCUCAAGCAAGACUCACAGGGCUAGAAAUCCAGAUGCUCCCGUGGGAUGCAGCUCCGCGUGCAUCCUAGAGCUUGCUGAGUUUUGACCCUGCUGGAAGCAGGGAAGGGGGCAUGAGGACCGCAGUGCUGGAGAACUUAGGGACGCACAUUAGCUUGCUUGCAGUGUCGAUUCCAUUUCAGCCAAGCAAGGGAAAGAGGAAGUGGAGGCGUUUUGCCGUUGAGGGCUGAGGAAAGACUGAUACCCAGUUACUUUUGUUUUCUUAAGGAUGGUGGCAAGAAUUGGCUCUCGGGGAGCUGCCACAGUAGGCGUGUGUUUGGUCUGCAGGAAAUUGUUACCUCACUCCCGCAGGAUCUAGAUUAGAAAUCCAGAAUCAUCUCCAUCAUUGGUACCCUUCCAUCCAGGCAUAGAUUCUUUGUUACUCUGCAUAUAUAUGUAUGUGUUUUAUGUUUGUGGGCAUUGGGUUAUGUUCUUAUUGUGAUAUUGGGGUCUUUCGUCCUAACGAAAUAAUCAGAAAAAUGGAACCCCUUUGUCCUUUCCUUAAGUCAAGAUUAAAUAAGGGAGGAAAAAGUACCUGCAGUUGUCCACAAUGGAUAUUGAUUCUUUAAAAUAAAUCUGAAAGGAAUAGUCUGAAUGAGUUAUGGCUGGAAAAAUGAGGGAGGGAUCUGCUGGUUUCAUAUCCAAAGUGGCUCCGUUUAUUCUUGUCUCGGUCUCUUUGAUGGCCACUUCACUCUGCUACUACUGGACUUUCUCCUAAAAAUACCUUCUCUAUUUUAACUCAUUUCUUUCUGUCUACUCAAAAUAGUUCUAUUAGCCUUAUAGCCAUGAGCUUGUUCCAGUUACAGCCCCUUUGAAAACCAGGGUGAAAGACAGAACAUUCUCUGAUAGAGGAAGAGAAAGGAGAGAAAGUUUAGCCCAUUCUGACUUAGACCUUUUUGAUUUCCUAACCUUGAAAGUCUGUGAUCCCUGACACUGUAAUCUUUACAAAUUUGUGCAGCUUCAGAACUAAUAGAAUCACUUUUAUUAUUCUCUUUCCUCCCAUAGAAACGUUCUCUAGUUCUACUCAAUAUGUUAGUUGAAGGUACUAUGACCAAAGAUUAGCUGCUCUCUAUGAAUAGCAGGGUUCCAGUGAAUUUGAGAAAACCUGCUAUAAAACCACGGUAGUUUCUAAGUGGUAUAUUAUUAUGAUAUACCAGCAUUUAUUUACAGGAUUAUUUAUUAAAGUUUGCUUUCUUCACCUAUAAAAAUAUUUAUAUUUGCUGAUGUCCAGAGCAGAAGGGUAACCUUAGUUACCCUCUCUAAGGUUGUAGUUGCCAGCUUUGUGAUAAGUAUUUUGCCACAUCUUUGAGAAACUCACUCUAACUCUCUGUCUUGGUUAGGUAAAGACAGUGACUAAAUUUACAUUUCAGAUCUGCUAAGCAGGGUAGGUACCAACAUGGCCCAUGUACCUGAUUUUUGUAACUUCUUACUGAAUCCAAGAUUUCCACAAGCAAGUUAUCCUUCUUCCUGAUAACCUUAAAUUGUCAGCAUUUUUUUCGGGCCUAAAUAUUUAUAUUAAGCAGAGGGGAGAGAGGUACCUAGAUCAUGUUAUCUAUGAGCUUCAAUAUUGAAGAAAAAUUAACUUCCCUAACUGGCUUGAAUGUGUUUGCCCACAGUGUAUGUCAAUGUAUAUAGAAUGUCUGUGUGUGUUUUACUUAUGGUAUUUAAUGUACAUUGAAUGGUACCUUGCUACAGUAUUUCUGGCAUUUAGGUUAGUCUUGAAAUACUCAGCUAGCAUCAGCACCACUACAGCACUGUUCCUGUCACAUGACUCACUAAUGUUAACUCCAGAGACUUCUGGAUAUGCUAGCAGUCGUCAGAUAAGAAGGUCUCUUUUGAUACUGAGGUAUACCAUGUUUGCAUAGUUUAUCUUUAAAAACAACUUUUAAGGUUCUUUGUGAGCCAGGAUCUCAGAUUGCCCUAGCAUGAUGCCUGUCCAUUAUUAGAAGAUGGGCUGAGAACCUCUUUCUUAAGGCCUCUGGGAGGUUGCUGUAUGUCAGUGCAUGUAACAGGCCAAAAGUUUAUCACAUGAGGGAAAAUAGUACCUGAUUUAACUAGAUUCUGAGAGUCUGGCUCAUAGCCAAGCACAAUUGUGUUUGUGAUAAUUUCUUCCCUCUGGAAUCUAGUCAGAAGAAAAUGAAGAGGUUUCCUCUCAUAGCUACUCUAAGCCCAACUCACGGUACAGGAGAGCAUCCCUUCUCCUUUCCUCUGAAGGUACUCCACCCCACCUCCAUCCCCCACUGCCCUUCCUCACCCCCAGCUCAGUGCCCAGGAGCCUUGGGAUUUCUCUCCGUGUGAUGAAUCAUCAUUGCUCUUCACAUAAAUACACUUAUAUUAAUUUUUAGUAUAGAAAAAUCUUGAUAGCCAUCAAAAUACUUCAGUCAUAGUCUUGCUGCAAAAUGACCAUAGGAGUGGCCUGUGUAAAACCUGAGUCUGGGGGGGUUUGUUCCCACCUCACAUGCUGGCUUUUCCAGGAAGGUAUCAGGGGUUCCUUGUUAGCAAUCAGAACUUAAUUACUAGCAUACAGAGUCCAUUUCUUAUUACCAGAUCAUAGAUAUUUCUGAGGUGCACUUUUUAAAAACACCAUUUUGCUAAUUCUUAGCAAAGUCUAAUUAGAUCAAGCCAUGCUUUUGUGCAUUUUAAUUAUUCUCAGUAAAAACCAACAUGUGGGAGAGUCCUCUGAUAGAAAUGUAGUUCCUGGAUUAUGUGCAACCUUUUUUAUCGCUCUUAGGCAAAGAGGAAAGAAAGCAUUUGCUUAUACAGUGGUCUUGUGCCAAACACAAGACCCUCUAUGCUUCUCCAGCUGUUAUUCUAAUCCAGAAGAUGAGGACUGGUUCCUAGGUGGAAGUGGCAUGAGGGAAUUAACUCUAGAAGAGGAAAAUCUUGCUGGCUUUCCAAGGUCAAGCUAGGUUUAUAUUUCACCCUGUGGCCAAACCACAGAACUUCUGAGGUUGGGGAAGAACUGAUAUAACCAACAGGGAAACAGGCCCUUUGCCGCCUAAGCACAAAGUUACACAGAGCUCUCUGCUGUCCUUUGCCUUUUGUUCCCUCUAUCCUGUGAAGAUCCCAGGUAGAUGCUCUUAGGUAAGGCAGGGCCUGCACCUCCACUCUGUCUCUUCCCCUAAUUAUUGACAAUUGGAAGAAAAUUGACCUUAAAGAAGCUUCUCUAUUGUCUUUCCUUCAAGACCUUCUUGGGCUUACUGAAUUGUCCUUGGAAUUUUAAUUCCUUUGGCAUUUUUCUGUAGUCAUCAGUUAAGCUUAUUUCAGCCUGAAUUCACAGGAAGUUUCUCAGCCUUGUAGGUCCAAAUCUCUGAAGUUUCGCUCUUGUGGGCUCGGUCAAGUUUUCAGCAGGUUGGUAGCCACCUCUCUUAACGUCAGCAAUGAAUUAUCCCUUCAAUUAAAUGACUGAAUGUAUUUCCGUUGUCAAACUAGCAUUGUAAAAGGAAGAACCAAAGUGGCAUCCUAGGACUUGUUAAAAGGUGGAGUCUAGCUUAUGAGUAAUAGUGUGACUUGGGGCUUGAAUGGUGUCUGCUUUUGCUUCAAGGCAUCUAAGUUACUCUGACAGAAAAAGAUCGGUCAGCUUUGCAGGCAGCUGAACCUCUGGUCCUUCCAUCUCGCUCCAUAGCUUUCUGACUGUCUUUUCUCCCAGGCCAAGCUACUGGCUUGUCCCAAGUCGGCAGAUCUCUUUCCACCAGUCUUUUGACAUCUUACAGCAUCAAGACAUCCAGAGGACUUGAGAUCAUCACACAAUAAUACCAUGGUAGGUAAUUGGUAGCAAUAGAGAGGUGCUUUGUCACUCCUUCCCCUUUCGGAUUCUUUUUUCCAUCUCUCACCCCUGAAAGGAGGACGGAAGUUCAAAGUCUUUCUCCUUUUGGACCUACCGUAACCAAAACCCAAGUGGGCAACCUUCUGCUUAGGACAAUAAUUGGCCCGUUGCAUGCAGAAAGAAUGUCUUCAUAGAGAGAAUCUCAGUAAAUACUUGAAUCUGCAUGAAAGUUUGACUUGAAUGCAACAGCAAGAAAAUUCUGCAAGUUAAGCAAUUGUAUAUAUACAAUAGUUUUCCUUAAGUCUCUUUGGUUCGUCCUUUGUAGUUUAUGUGUGUAUCUGUAGUCUUGCAGGCUUUUAAAGAAUAUUCGUACAGGUAGUAUGUCAGACGUCAAAGAAAAUGCUUUCUGUCAUUUGCCAAUGUUGUAUUUGUGGGUAUUUAUAGUUGUGUGUAUGUAUGUGCAUCAAUGUGUAAAUUGUGUAUCAGUAUGUGGUAUAUGUACAUCAAAAUUAUUUUUGUCCUUAAUAAGCGAUGUAAUAUGAAAAGCAAGUAAAAACCUCAUAGGAUUGAUUAUAUAAUGAAGUUGUUGAGAGUAUAUAUAGUGGUAUUGUUUUAUUAAACUUAAAUUCAUAUGAUAUUUUGAUUAAAUUUUUUUAAAUAAGACUUUAUGCUAGAUAUUCCGUCUUUGAGCUUUGAAUCACCAGGGCAAAAAUGACUUUGGACUAACCUUGUGAAUCUAUUGCAGUGUACUGUGUGCAAUACCAAGGGGAUAGCUCCUUGGAAUUUGGGAAAUACAGAAAGAAAAGGAAAAAAAAAAAGGCAACCUGUGCAGUCUUAGCAACUUUAGUAUUAAGAGCACUUAAACAUAAAGUCAAACGGACAGUUUUGGGCUUAUUACAAAAUGUGAUGCUUUAAAGCACACGUUCUUUAUUGUUGUAAUUAGUCCAGAAGAAUAUAGCUUUCAGAAGAAUUCAGUACCCACCCUAUCAUUUAUGUAUCUGUGUAUAUUUUACAGGAGAUCAAACCACUCUCCUGGUGCCGUAUCCUUACUUUGAAGAACUAUGGAGCACUAAAGUUUAUCAGGGCAUCCCAAGAUUGGGUACUGUAUUCUAGGUUUGCAGUUGCACAAAUUAGCAUCUAGUGUCACAGGUAUAAGAAUUUUAGGACCAGGUUUAAACUUUAUUUAAAUAUUUUUAUACUUAGGUCUCUUUUUCCUGCCUCUCCCCAAAGAAGAGCCACUGGCCUUAGUUGUUUGAGCUUACUGCUUAUAUUAUAGAGUGUAAAUAGAUAACUAGAGACUACAAUUUUAUUAACCAGCAUGUUUGGUGUAUUUAAAUCAGUGACUGAGUGUGUUUGAGUGAGUGGUUGAGUGCAGUGUCUUUUGUUUAAUCACACUGCCUCGUGUCUUUGUAUCUGAUUCAGAGAAUGGGAAUUGUGGGGUGGGAGACUAAUCUUCAGCUCCAGGCUGCAGUAGCGUGUUAGUAGUUACACUUGAGUUUUUGUUUUUAAUUAACUCUUCAGUCUCGAGCUAUUUUUGCAAAUAUAUCAUUUUUCUUCAUUUGUUCUUGACGUGCAGUGGACUGGCUCUGUGACUGAUCAGCAGGGUCUUAGUUUUGCAAGAGUAUUUCCUUUUGAGAAUUGCUGUGAUUCACAAAAACAGCCAUUUGAUUCAGAAAUCAUAUAGAAGAGGAGUAAGUGAAAUAAAAGUUUCCUUUUUGGGCCUUAAUCAUUUGAAAUAUUUGGACUUUAAUAUAAAGCCAUGGAUGUUAUAAAGCCAAGUAGCCAUUUGACAUGGAUAGUAAUAUCCACUCUAUAGAGAAUAUAUAUGCACAUUGAUUCUUUAAUGCCAUUAAGAUACUUUUUUUUAAACUAUAGGAACAAGAGUAAUUAGACCAAAUUAAAGUUGGAGGGACAGUAAACCAGUUGCUUUUCAUUUAGGGUAGCCAUGCAUGUAGUCAGUCCUCUGUUCCUGAGAUUCAGAAACCGGUUUACUGUCCCCUUAGGUACAGAAGGGGAAAAGUUGACAUGUCUGGGAUCUCUGCCAUGUGUAUACACGCUUGCACACAUGCACACACAGCGAAUGUCUUAAGGUAUCCAAACAUAAGAGGUAACAUGCAGAGGUCCAGAGUAUUCUAAAGAGGUGAUAAACAAAGGGGGUGGAAACUGCAUCAUGGGUGUUUCCCAAGGGCCAGGGUGGAAUUUGAGCUCCGGCGUCUGACUUUGAGAUACAUUGCAUUUGUAAUGACUAAGUGAAGGUAUACAUCCCACAUUCUUUCUAGUGGACCACCAUAUUGAAGGCUUUCUUGUGAUUCAUAAGGGGCAGCUUGCCAGCGUCCCUCGGUGACCUGGGCUGAUAUUCCAGAAAGCCGGUGUGCACCAUUGUGCCGGGUGGCAGAAAACUGCUUGCUCUGCAGAUCAUUCCUUUGGGAAAGCCGUGCAGCUGGUGGAGCUAUGAGGCACUUACUCUGGGAACACUGAUGCGGAUCGUCCACAUUCCCCUCCGAGCUGUGCUGAAAAGAGAGCGCCAGUGGAACGUGCUGAGCAGUUGAGCACUUUUCCAUCACCAGCGACUGGAAGCGUGGAAAUGGGAAGGAACCUACUAGCUAAGAUGCAUUUCCCUUUGCAGGGCAGAGAGCUGAGCUCUUACUAACAGUGUUAUAAAAAUAAGCACCUUAACUUCAAUUCCUGAAAAUAUUGGUUCAUGGAGAGAAUUUUGAAGUUUCCCCUAGUAUUUCCCCAUCGGUCCAUAUAAACAAGUCUUCAGAUACUCCUAAGGGAGUCCCAGCUCAAGGCUUGAUUCAGGACCGCAUUGCAGUCUGAAGCUUCUGCUCUGAGCCCUGAGUCCCAGGCCCCGCAGAGGGUGAUGAUGAGUCCUCUCUGCACAGAGGAGCUUCUUCCCGGCCUUCCACUCCCCUUGGCCUUCUGCUGAGCCGCAAACCAUCCUGGGUUUCAAAUGCCGCUUCCCCGGCUUUAGGCAUCCAGGUGUCCCGAUGCAUUCACCCUGCUGAGGCAAGAUGUCCCCUCUGACAGUGGCUGAGUCACUGAGGGUGGCACAUGACAAAUGUCACGAAAAGUUCUCUGAAGCUAAGGCCGUGUAUUUUGCGUUUGUAAGAAGCACAGUGGCACAUUGCACCCUGACCAGGGAUGGAUGAUAUCUUUGCCUUUGCACCCAGUUUCUGGAAGCGGAUAGCAUCUCAUUGCCAUGAGAAAGGGUCAAGGAACUCUACUACCUGCUUAGCAGUUUUGCUUAGUCCCUAUAAGAGCUGUUGGGUGAAGGUCCACAGGCCUCCCUGCAGCCUCUUCUGUCUCAAGUUUUUGGAACCCGUUUCUAGGACAGAAAUUCACACAAGUGGGGAGUCCAUAUUGUCAGCCUUGAUUACCGAAGGACAGGCAGAAGGGCGGUAAUGUGUAUCUUUUAGUAUAAGGCAAGCUUUUAACUUUUCCAACCUAUUAUCUGAGUUAUAUUCACUUUGGUUCAAACUAAUUGACAUUGUGGAACAUUUCUUUACCUUCAAAGUUUUCUCCACCAGCCAUUUCAGUUUCAUUGCAGUCCUGGUGCCAUAUGUCCCCUGCAAAUUGUGAAAGUAAUUAGUGACAAAGUAGCAGCCUGCUCCUUUUCAGUGGCCAAACUAUCCGCAUUAACAGACUUGGGUAAGCUAGUGGUACCAUGUCAUGUACUGGAAACCUGUUCCUCAUUACCACCCACCAGAUUCAAGAAAUGCCAUCUUCUAGAAAAUCAUGGCAUUUAUGGUGGUCAUCUUUUGAACGGAACAGUAGUUUGUAUGGAUAUUGUGAAAAUGUUUAAAGAAUAUUUUGAAAAUUAAGUUUACAUUUUACAAUUGCUUUAUUUUUUAUUAAAUUAGUUGUAUAUAAAUAUUACCCUAUUUCACUGUUGUUAAAGUAAUCCUAAACCUUGUAGACGAGUGUCACCUGAUAUGUAUAGAAGCUGUGAUAUAUAUAGUACAUUUAUUGUGUAAAUGUUUAUGAAUAUAACUGUUCCUGUGUUUUUAUAAGUUGGGAGUAUUUUGUUGUUUUACAACAACAAAAUUUAUUGCAUUUAAAUGGUUUUUAUGUAAUAGAAAUCAUGCAAAAUAGUGAAGGAUUUAAAAUAUGUAUAUGACAUAUGUAAAUGUACAAACUUUAGAAAGAAAUAAAUCCAACAAAUUUCAAUCA